CCCUCGCCACGCCCCCGGGGUGCUCGGAUUGGCUUGGUCUCGGGUCCGCCCACCUCACCGCCAUGGCGUCUCAGCUCCGGCUGCGCUCCGCGCUGGCCCUGGUCACAGGUGCGGGGAGCGGCAUCGGCCGGGCGAUCAGCGUGCGCCUGGCGGAAGAGGGCGCCGCCGUGGCCGCCUGCGACCUGGACGGGGCAGCCGCCCAGGACACCGUGCGGCUGCUGCGCGGCCCGGGCAGCGAGGACGGGGCGCCGCGCGGGAAGCACGCUGCCUUCCAGGCGGACGUGUCGCGGGCCCCCGCGGCCAGGCGCCUGCUGGAGCAAGUGCAGGCCUGCUUUUCUCGCCCGCCAUCUGUCGUUGUGUCCUGUGCGGGCAUCACACGCGAUGAGUUUCUGCUCCACAUGUCAGAGGAAGACUGGGACAGAGUCAUAGCUGUCAACCUCAAGGGCACCUUCCUAGUCACUCAGGCUGCAGCCCAGGCUUUGGUGUCCAGUGGCUGUCGUGGCUCCAUCAUCAACAUCAGUAGCAUCAUCGGAAAGGUGGGGAAUAUUGGACAAACCAAUUAUGCCUCCUCCAAAGCGGGAGUGAUUGGGCUCACCCAGACUGCGGCCCGCGAGCUAGGACGACAUGGGAUCCGAUGUAACUCAGUCCUCCCAGGGUUCAUUGCAACGCCCAUGACCCAGAAAAUGCCCGAGAAAGUGAAGGACAAGGUGACUGCAAUGAUCCCGUUAGGACACAUGGGGGACCCUGAGGAUGUGGCAGAUGUGGUUGCGUUCUUGGCAUCCGAAGACAGUGGAUACAUCACAGGGGCCUCAGUGGAAGUCACUGGUAUGAGACCUUCGCGGGGAGGGCGGACAGAGAAGCGGAACCCAGACUGAGAAAGUGAGGGGACCCUGCAGCCUGGAGGGCAGAGGUCCUUCUGACCAGGGACGGAAGUGGCUGCCUACCCAUAUACCUCGCCGCCCAUGCACCUGUCCCGACGUUUCUGCCCUCUCAGGAGGUCUUUUCAUGUGACUGCCUCAUGGAAGCUGGACUCUGCUCGCUCCCCCAGGCUGCCUGGCCUCCUGCUGAUGAGGACGCCGAAUUCCCAGGCUACAAAAGGGGUGGUAGUGUGUGGCUCAGGCUGAAUGUGGAAGGCAGGGGUGCUUGUGACCCUAAUAAAUUCCAAAUCCUCUUCCCUGCCA